AUGUUUGAAGCACAUCGAUUGGCGCUGUUCGUGCUCCUCAUGUGGGAACCUCUUCAAGUGGCGUCAGAUUCAGAAGAAGAGGUCGUCUCAGACUGGACGCUCUGGAAGAAACAUAAUGAAGUGUCGUAUGAUGAGAAGAGCGAUGACGUUGAGAGAAAAGCCAUCUGGGAAACCCACUUGGGAAUGAUUGCGAGAAACAAUGAAGAUUUCCGCAUUGGACGGUCAUCGUUUAGCAUGGCGAUGAACAAAUAUGGGGACCUUACCAAGGUGGAGUAUAAACGUUUACUGGGCGCCACUAUAAAUGGGCAGGUAAAUAGAAAAGGAAAGGUUGAAUCUGCUCAGACGCUUCGUGCAAAUGCUAAGAGACUGGGAUUGACCAAUGUGGACUACAGAGCGCUGGGAUAUGUAACCGAAGUUAAAGACCAGGGAUACUGUGGCUCAUGCUGGGCUUUCAGCACUACGGGUGCUAUUGAAGGACAAAUGUUUAAGAGAACGGGCCGGUUAGUGUCUCUGAGCGAACAAAAUCUGAUGGACUGUUCCAGGUCUUACGGCACGUACGGCUGCAAUGGAGCCUGGAUGGCAAACGCAUAUAAUUAUGUGGUCAAAAACGGACUGCAGAGCUCUGACACUUACCCAUAUACAUCAUUGGAUACCCAGCCAUGUUUCUAUGACAGCAAUUUGGCUGUUGCCAGAAUUAGUGACUAUAGGUUCACCCCAGCCGGAGAUGAGCAGGCAUUGGCUGACGCCGUGGCAACGGUCGGUCCAAUCACUGUUGCCAUAGAUGCUGACAACCCAAGCUUCCUAUUCUAUAGCUCAGGGAUCUACAAGGAGAAGAACUGUAACCCUAACAACCUCAACCACGCUGUUCUUCUGGUUGGUUAUGGCUCAGAAGGGGGAAAAGAUUACUGGAUUAUCAAAAACAGCUGGGGGACAGAAUGGGGAGAAGGAGGAUACAUGCGAAUGCUCCGGAAUGGAAGAAACAGCUGCGGCAUUGCCAGUUAUGCCCUCUAUCCCAUUGUUUGA